AAGACAGAAGUUGCUCUUUUGGAGCAGAAACUAAAAUCUCUAGAACUGGAAACACGAAAGCAAGCGGAUGAGGUAACAUUUUUACCUGCCACUAUACCUAAAUAUUACCUGUACAAAAGCCUGAGGGGAGGUAAGACAGGCAUAAGAUAGGCACCAUUAUAUUUGUAUCAUGCAUUGUGCAUGGGUGUGUGAUCUAUGGCCUUAGUGCUAUGGCUAAUGUUUGUCAAAAGGAGCGUGUUAACCUGCUAAACAUGAAGGAGCAAUGCGUAGAACUCGAGAGUCAACUGGAAGAGGAGAGAAGAUCGCUAUUUGUCCAUCAUGAAGAAAUGAAGAGACUUGUAUUAUGUUGUGAGGAGCGUACUAGGCAGAUUGACCAGUUGAAAUCUGAAAGUGAAAACAAAGGCAUUCAAAUACAGGUAUAUGUACCACAAUGGGUGAACUAAGUUGCUGAAGUUUUUUUCUUACUUGUAUUGCAGCAAUUGAAACAGGAAGAGUCCUAUUUGACGAAAACAGUGGAGGAUUUGUCUAAA